AUGAUUGUGCUAGUAGACCUGCUGCUGAUGGUAUUUGACGUAACAUACUGCAUCCUGCGCGGCAUCGUGACCACCUUCCUACGCCCGCGACUGAAGCCCAUUGACGGUGAGCUGUGCUUGAUCACCGGGGCUGGGGGUGCACUGGGACGCCUCUUCGCCCUGGAGUUCGCCAAGGAGGGCGCGGAGCUGGUGCUGUGGGACUGCAACACGGAGGCCAACGAACAGACCGCCAAGCUGGUGCGAGAACUGGGGGUCAAGGCGCACCCCUACACCGUGGACCUGACGAGCCGCGAAAACAUUUAUAAAAUGGCGGACUUGCUGCGGCAUGAGGUGGGCGACAUCACCAUGCUGGUCAACAACGCUGGGGUGGUUGCAGGGAGGCGAUUGCUGGACUGCCCGGAUGCACUGUUGGAGAGGACCAUGGUGGUGAACUGCCACGCUCUCUUCUGGAUGACAAAGGCCUUCCUGCCCCAGAUGAAGGCCCAGAACCAUGGACACAUAGUGACCAUUGCCAGCACUUUGGGCCUCUUCAGCACUGCCUGCGUGGAGGACUAUUGUGCCAGUAAAUUUGGAGCAGUGGGCUUCCAUGAGUCACUGACCCAUGAGCUGCUUACCGAGGAAGGGUUGGACGGUGUGAAAACCACGCUGGUGUGUCCUUACAUUGUCGACACAGGCAUGUUCGCGGGCUGUAAGAUCAGGGAGGAGCUCCAAUCCUUCAUCCCACCUCUGGAGCCCCUGGACUGCGUCCAGCAGGCUAUGAACGCCAUUUUGGCAGACCAGCCAAUGGUGUGCAUUCCUCGCGUGAUGUACCUGCCCUUCCUCUCCCGAGCGUUGUUGCCAUGGGAUGCAAAUGUGCUGACCUAUCGCUUUAUGGGAGCCGAUAAGUGCAUGUACCCCUUCAUCCAGACCAUGGAACAGCGUCAGGCAAACGGCCUCACCAAGAUGUCCUAA